CUCCUGAACGCGCCAAAAAAUACUAUUAGAGUAACGAAACUAUUCGGGUGGAUUCGCAGGGACAAUAUAUUCAGCGUUUUUGUGAGAAAUAAGAUAUUUCUACGGAUUUGCAACUAUUCGCGAACCUCUGAAAGCUACUGAAAGCUCCUCACAAUCUUGGGAGGCCAAAAAUUAGGCAACCAGAAAUAACGGUUUGCUUGCUCUCUUUCGUUCCGUUUAUUCUAAUGUAGUGAUCAAAACAACAUGAAUCAUCCAUUCAAGAAUGAAGUAAACUGUGAUCUGCGUUCAAAUUGAGAAAGUUUUCCGCUACAUACUUAAACCUGCUGUGCGAAGUUUUGUAAAGAUCUAGUUUUUCAAUAAUCAGUUCGCAUUCUGUUCCCCUUUUGUGUUUACUAAACUUAGUUGUCUGUGUCAGUAACCAAAACUCGUACAAUGGCAGAAGAGGAAGCUGGUAUUCUUAGUGAGAUUUUUAGUAAUCCUUUAAACCUAAUCCUCGUCGGUAUAAUUACCUUUUUGUUGUAUAAAAUUUUCAAAAAAAGCACCGAAGAACCAGCUCCUGUUGCUGUUCGACCCUCCUUGCCGAAACUCAAGAAACGAGACUUCACAGUUGAGGAGUUGUUGCCAUAUGACGGAAACGGACCAGAGGGACGAAUCCUAGUUGCUGUCAAUGGAAAAGUUUUUGAUGUUACCGCUGGAAAACAAUACUACGGCCCAGGAGGACCAUAUGCUGUUUUGGGUGGAAGAGAUGCAUCCAGAAGUCUUGGAACGUUCUCAAUGGUGGUGAAAGAUGUCUAUGAUGAUUUGAGUGAUUUAUCCAGUGACGAAAUGAACUCAAUAAAAGAAUGGGAGGUUCAGUUCAAUGAAAAGUACGAGUACGUCGGAAGGCUCCUGAAACCCGGAGAACAGCACACCAAUUACUCCGACGAAGAUGAAGACACCAGCACCACAACAGAACCACAACAAAAAUGAUGAACGAUUCUGAUUUCAUUGUUAACCUGACUGUUGAAGACUCUUCUAGUAGCUUGUAGAGGUGAAGGUAUAUUCCUGGGUGGAUGAGUUGAAAAUCAUCAUUUUUUCCCCUUUCUUUUUUAUAUUUUUACGAUUUUUCAUUUUAAAAUUUGUUUUACACCCCCAAUCAUCUUUCCAAUUUUCUCCCAGUGAAUUUUUGCUAUUUUAUUUACAGUUAGGAUCUGGUUUUCCCCUCUAUUCCCAUCUCUCUCCACGGUGGAUUUUGUGUGUACUUUAUAGACUUUUAAGUUCCAUAAGCUGGUAUGACGGUCUUGAUACUGCUUGAGAAGAGAACAAGCGCAAGAUUAGACAAUGUUUAGCGGGUCUAUGUAAUUUCAUCCUAGUUGCUAGUUAGCAUCACCUUACACUUCUCCAUGAGUAAUUAGAUUAUACAAAAUCGUGUCUUUGCAGCUAGCGAUAAUUGAAUUAGAAGGGUUAAUAACAGAUGUAAUAUUAUGCAGGAACACUUUGAUGGUUUUAGUAGGUUUGGAGGAGAUGGGCGGAAGGCUGAAGCCCAUGUUUAUAUGCAUUUAUUUUCAGUCUUAAGGACAAAAAUUAAUUUUCACCUAUAAAUUCAGGUACAGUUGCCUCUCGGAUGUGCUGUCUAUUUUUCUGCUUUAUUCUUAAUUCUUUCCUCUUGCUGAAGCUUUUUUCAAACAGUGUGUUUUUCAAUCAAAUGAACACUUUACAUACUGUUCAUAUGAAGUGAGGUUAUUGAUUGACAUCACAUCUAUUUUCUACUAAAAUUUGUGUUCGAUAUAAGAUAAAAUUCUAUCAAAUCAUGCUACGGAAACUUCAGUAAGUUUUAGAUACCAUAAAAUACAGUCAGGCAUUUUGUUUAUCAAAUAUUUGUAGUGAUUCCUACUUCGCUGCAAGUCUUUGCUGCCUUGUCUGUAUCAAGGGAAGUGUUCUUUAAGAGGGAACUGAAGCCAGUCGUUAGGAAAUGAAUGCUGAAUUUUAAGGUUCCUCUGUCAAAAAAUCCAUAUCUGUGAUAAACCGCAGCUCCUCUGGCUUUUAUCUUUACUUUUUUUGCUUUUAAAUUCAGAGAUUAAUCCCAGUUCUGCUUCAAACUACUUCUGAAAGAUUUGGCAAAUCAGCUCUAAUUACAAGUUGGUCAAGAAAUUAAUUUCCCUUAAAUCUAAGUAUUAACCUAACUAGGCCUAAUAUUAAAAUAACUCUCACCUUUCACCUACACUUAUGAAAGUAUCUGAAAAGAAGAGCAAGCCCUUGGAUGCUUUAAUGCAGAUAAGCAAUUGGCCAAUCAGAAAACGUUUUGUGGCUGUAAGAUGGUUGAGUCUUGAGUAGCUGCAUUAUCUUAACGAAAGCAUGUAGAAGUUUGCCCCUAAGAAUGUUUCUGCUUCCUGAUGCUAGAAAAUUGAUGUCUUAAUGUAAUCAAUUCAAAAUAGCCACUCAAGUAAAGGCCCUACUCAUGAACCAAUUAGAAUUGAAAUAAUGAUGUACACUUGGAUUAUUUUGUCAUUUGUGGACCUAAUUUUCAACCCGUACAUUCAAACAUAAAAUUUUUGGAACAUCGUUCAUCCAUCUAUUUUUUGCAUCUCAUCAUCAGCAUAAUCUUUGCUAGUCUCGGAACAAGGGAAACUAGCAGUUUGAUAGAGCUCCUUGCAAAUACGCUGUUACGGAGGGAAUGCGUGCUAUAGUUUUUUUAAAGAAACUCUUGUCAGCCCGUGUCUUUUUGUUUUUCCGACAGAUUGUGUCCCUCAUAAAAGUUCCAAAAAUCAGCAAUUUUCAAGACGCAUUUGGAACACCUGGUCUACACCUGAAGUGUUAAAAAUAAAGUCUCCUUCAAUGAAAAGGCAAUAAAUUAUGUUGACUUGAUUGUCAUGAGAAACUCGAUGAGAGAUGAUUGAGAAACAUGUGCAACCCCAUGAGAAACAUGUCAACUCGCUUUCACCGGCAGUAAGGAACAUAUCUUGUUCACGCUGUUUUUGUAUUUCCAGGAACUUUAAAUUUUCCAUGAAAGGACCAUCUCAUGAAUUUGUCUUGAUAAUAGAGUCCUUUCUAACGUGUGUAUAGGAAAUCACUGGAAAUUUCAGGCAAUUCAUGAAAUGGUUCUCCCGUAAAAAAUAAUGCGCUGGUAAGAAAUACUGAAACAGUGCAAUCGAGAUACGUUCCUUCGUUCCGGUGAUGACCUAUUGCCCAAAACAAGGGGAAAAAAGCUCAAACCGAGAUCAGUAAAAAUUCUGUAUGUUGCCCUUUUUCCGUGCAGAUUUUUCUCAGGAAAUUCUAUUACACUACUGAACAGUAAGAUAUAAUCAAAUAUUGUCAGCUGUUGGACCACCAGUAUGUUUUUGAUCCGGCAGUGAAUUUAUCAAUCAUAAAAAUGAAACAAAAAUUAUUUCCAAAACAUCUUUUCUGAUUGUAAAUCUCUGCAGUUUUGCUAAUCCGUUUUAUGAUCAUCAAAGUAAAAAUCUGUAGUGCCGAAAUGUUUUACUUUGUUCCUUAAAAUGUUUCAAGUCUUUGUUGUGAAGGCUGAGGUGUAUUCGUUUUGUUCGUAGUUGAGUAAGAUAAUCAUAAAAUCUGAUGAAAUAUUAGCUUGAAUUUAAUUUUAUAGGUUAACCUUUUAUAUUCUUAGAAAAAUAGAAAAAAAGAGAAAAAAAAAAUCGAAUAAUUUCUGUAAGAAUUGCCCUGAGCAAAUUAUAUGGACCACUAUUCAGGGCAUAAAAUCAAGCACCACACAGUGGUGAUUCUUAAAAAUCGGCAAUAUUGAUUUCUUCCAUUCAAAUGAAUGUAUAAAAUCGAUUCUCAGCGAGGCAGCUUGCUUCACCUAUAAUCGAUAUGUUUACUGGGAUUUAAAUGGGGCAAAAACAAUGUUGCCAAUUUGCAAAAUCGCCACUCGCAUCACAAUACAUGUUUCUUCAUCUAAAUUUUCCUUGAAUUACGGUGAGCACAUUAAUAAUUUCAAAGUCCAGCUCAUAAGUUAGAAAAUGGCAUUUUUCCUGAAUGCCUAUUCAAAAUUCUCGCAUCAAAAAACUGUUAUCUAUUUGAGUCAAAUUGAACAGUAAAUAAAUUUCAGCUGGCAAACAUUCGAUUUAAAUCAUUAAAUGUGUUGGUUUGUAAAGUCAAACAAGUGACAAUUUAACCGUUCAAAAAUCGGGAACUUUUAUUUAAAAUAUCAGGAAGUAGGAAAAUAUCAGGAAAAUCCAAGAUAAAAUUUUCGUAGACACCCUGUUCUUGCCCUGUCUAGUGGCUCUUUAGGCCACAAUGAACAUUAACAGUGAUAGAUUGAAUUAUGUUAUCUUUGGUUGAAGUGAUUAUGUAAGUAACUUAAAUUUUUUAAUUUGUAACAUUCUGUUUAAGUCUGGUUUACGGGAUUUAGAGAAUAAUGGCCAUAAGUGUAUUUUAUAAAGAAGAUUGGUUUCAAAAGAAUUUAUUGGAAUCAUGGUGAAAUUUUCUUCAGUUUUGUAUUUACUCCUGAAGUGUCAGAAAAUCUUUCAUAAACAUAUUAUCUGAAGUGUUAUUCUAGAAUAUCCAACCAAGCAGAGGUAUAGGAUGUAUGAUGAAUAUUUCAAGAAUUUCAGAAAAACUCUAAUCAACAUUCUUUGUCAUCUCAACAAGAAACAUCAAUUGGACGAAUUAAGCCAGAUCUAGCCGAACUACACCAGACGUCCCCUACUUUUCUCCCAUGUUUUAUGUUUAAAACAGAAAACCAAGCGGCACUAAAACUUGAAAUUCUGUGAUUAUACUCUUCAUAAACUGGGGUAAAUUGACAGAAAAUUUAAAGGCGUUAAUUAAUUUAGUUCUCCGUUUAAAAAAAUACAACAUGAGGUAAAAGAAGGCUUCGAGAAAUGCAUUUAAAAUAGGCUGAUUCUGGUUUAAUUUGCCCAGUUGCCCGCCAAAUCUCCUUUGUUUUAUUAUCUUAGUUAAAUUUUGAAUACCCUGCUUAUUCAAGAUUGUUGAUUAAUUUUUACCUCUUUCAUUUUUAAUUAUCUCCCUGUGCUGUAAUUAUUUUUUACUUAAUUAGAAAUACCAUUGUUUGUGAUCGUAAAAAUGAAUAUGUCAUUCUUUCAUCAUUUCUGGGGAUCAACCCUUCUCCCAAUUUCAAAAUAUCAAUAGAAAAAUUGAAUUUCUUGUAUAAACUGAUACUAAAAUCAAGGAAGAAACCAAAGACUGAUGUAAAUGACCUCCCCCUCCUCAUUCUAGUUUUUUAAAGUUUGUUUUCAAGGUCAAAAACAUUUGCAGUUUUGAAAACUGAGCUAAAUUAGCAGGUGGUGCAGCACACAAAUGGCCAUUAUCUUCAAAAGGAUAGAAAUUUAGUUUUUAAUGUAUUAAAAUAGGAGUUUUAGAUAAAGGCAUGCUACAGCAAGAGUGAGAAAGUGCCAGGAAUUUGCUCACUGAGAGCAAAAAAAAAAAAUUCACUCUGCUGUAGUUGCAAAAUAAGAUGUACGCAGGUGAUGAAUCCUUGAAUUAGAUUUCUUUGAUAACAUUGAUUAGAUUAGGAUUAAUAGACUGUUUCGAUCGGAGCCAUUUUUGAAUGCGGUGUUUUGAAAAUAUCUCUUAUCAAGAUUAACAACUUGUUCGUUAUCUGCCUCAUGACAGUCUGUAGGAGUCUAACUAUUUUCCUGAUCGAUGUUGAGGUAGGGUUGGAAUUUUUUCAGAAGAAAAACAAUCCUAUUCUUCAGCAGAUAAAUUACAAGAUUUGAAUGCUCGUAUCAGCCUUUAUGAGUUAUCAUUAAUUGAGGAGUUGUUGGUUCCCAACAUCUUGGGCUCUAUUUUUUUUUAAAUAUAUCAUUCUGCCCAAGAGGUGGUAGUAGUUAUGGCCGGUUAUCGUUUCAACGUCAUCUUACAUAUUCAUGAGUUUGGAAAUUGUCUUUUAAAUCCAUGUGAGGAAUGAUUGUUUUAUCACAUUAUUAACGUGUUACCUGCCUUGGUAUAUAAUACAUCCUUUUUGAUUAAUACCUCCUGUUACUUACCAUUUUUACGUCGACAAUACGACAUGAAGAAAUGAAUUUUUUCCUUAAGUGUGAUGUUUUAUAUUUUGUCGCGUUACACACCACACUAGUUGCAAGCAGUGAAAUUGUGAGCAGUUUCUUAACUUUGUAGCCCAAGGCAAAUCUUUUUAAUCGGCCACUUCAAAAUAUCAUCCAUUGUUGACAAAAUGGUGCUGGCAUUAGUUGAAGCAUUCGUGUUUAAUCAUAAUGACUGGUGUAUCAAGCAACAUGUUAAUUAUUGACGGUAAAUUUUCAAACCAUGUAUCUUAGUCGGUGACGUUGCAGACUUCCUGUUAUACUUUAUUUUUUAAAUGGAAAACUACUAUACAUCAAUUUUUAAAACUUCCGUGAUAUUUCUUCUCUUUACAAAGAAAAUCCUGUGAAAAACUGGAUGAAUCAUAUUGAUUUGUUCUCCUUUAAAAGAACAAAAUGGGAGCGGAGAUUUUAAGACACCCCAUACGAGAUACAAGGCUUGGAAGUUUCACUGUCGUUAUGCUUCCUCUUUAAAUGUUUAAGCAUCUUUUAGUGAUUUCAUCUCAAAAACUAUUUCUAUCUGAAGCAGGCUCUUACAGCAAGCCUUUCUGUGGAAUGGUUGGAAGAAAGAAUUUUCAGACCUGAGCUACCAUUGAACCUACCAAAUCGCCAUCAUAAUUCACAGCACUCUCAUGGGUUAGGUUUCGAUGAGUUACUUUGUAUUAAUCAUUAGGUUGAAAUGGUUUCUUUUGCGUGAUCGGUCACAUCUUAACCUAAUCCCUACGAUGUGAUGAAAAAUGAACAAAAAAUGAUGACUCCAGUCUAGAAAACAUGUAGUUAUCAACAUCUAUUAUUACAUUUUGAAAAACUCUGAACUUUUGUCUCCAUAUUUUCUAUAAUAAGAUCAAUAUUAUCUCUGAAAAUCACCUUGUCACUGUAAAUCACCUUUGAUGGGAUAUUCUUGACAAAUGUCUAACGUAUCACUUGGUAUUUCUUCAAAUGGACGUACUCAAAUCAAAAGGAACUAUCUAAAUUGUGACAAGAACUCUGUCAUAUGUUCUCUUAUGGGUCUCAGAGUCCAAGUCACAAUGGACAUAGUUCCUUUUGAUUUAAACAUGUCUAAAUGAUUAAUCAAUCAAAAUCCUGAAUUAUUGAAGAUGGAAAUUUUCAGUGGUAAAGUUUGUUCUCUCCCUUUGCAAAAGAAGGUAGAUGUUUGAAGACUUUUUUCUCAUCCAAAAAUCUUCUACUUUUGUCUGAUAAUGAAUUUUUUAAGUAUAUACUACGAGCAAAAUUUCAUCUAGGAUGAAACGAUCCUAAACUGCAAUUCCCCCUCAUAUUUUACCAUUUGAGAUGCUUACAUUUUAUAGAAGAAUUCUACAUGUGAUUUUAUAAUAGACGUGUAGAUUCUUGCUUUGGAAUUUCCCGCCAUUUCAUGAAACAUUCGCCAUCAUAAAUAUUUCUCCCUGUCGCCAAAUAGUUUUGCUACUCUCCUUGUCACUAAAUUUUAAAGUUGACACACAAAAGUAGAAAUUUAUUUACUUGGGAAGGUCAGCCUAAGUGAAUUUGUAUAACUUAAGUCCGAAUUAAAUGAGUGUUGAAGCAAUCAAAAAUCUACUUUCUCCUUUUCAAACCUGUUGAGUCACUUUAAAUAGCCAAAAUUAAUAAUGAAACUCUUAAUUAUCCGGCUUAAUCAAUCUUAAUUAUAUGCGCACAUUUAAACUUUUGUACUGCACACUUGCACGAAAUUAUGCAUACCUUCCAGGCACAGAUCAGCUGGACGUUUUACUUAGUUAUAUGAUGUUCAUUCAUGCAUAAACUUCUUAUUUUUUUAAGAUACUUUUUUUUGGAGCGUCUCUGGUCCCAUUCAAAUUUUGAGAUAUGCUUUUAGGUAAAAUCUUAUAUUAUGUGUCAUUUGCCGAUUAGAAGAUCAAGAGUCAAGUUUUAUUAUUUAUAUCAGGAGAUUAUUUUUUUACAAUCAUUAAUUUAGUUUGAUAAAAUUCUGUUUGAUAAUUUAAGUUGCGGUUUUGAUACUACAUACUAGCUUGUAAGCUUAGUUGUAUGAAAAUAUAAAGGAAUCAGUUUUUGGCGUGCGUUCAGAUUCUCAUGAAUUUUGGAGAAUCAUGAACUAACCGCCUUUUAUGAAAGCACAUCAUUUCACUACAAUCUCUUAAAAGAAGAGUAAUUUUUCAUAAUAUCUGUUUUGUUUUGCUGGGUUAUAAAUACAUUUUUAAUUUUCUACCUAUCUCCCAUAAACACAUUGGAGAAAUGCCGUGAGUCAUCUUAACUUGGUAGCAUUCUCUAAUUUUUCAAAAACAGAAAGGAAGUAAUUUAUUUUGAAAAUAUAGAGUGAAUCAUGUUCAUCCAGUUUUUAUUUAUUCUUUUAUUUUCAAUGAGCUUAAAGUUUAUUUGUCUCAAAGAUUUAUCCAUUGUACAAAUAACGUUACAAGCCACUGAUUUCUAAACACUUGCAGAUUUUUUGGAAACAGUCGAUAAUUUCAAAUUUUGUUGGUAAGGUUGUGUGCUGUAUCUACUUGUAAUAAAGUUUUCAUUCCUCAA